GCGUGGGCGCCGCGGCCGCAGGCUCAGAGCUAGGAGCGCUGAACGCGAGCACUUUCGGGGCGCACAGCGCGGGAGCACGACUCGGGGUGCACAGUGCGGAGCGGCGCCGCGUGCGGCCGGCGGGGACCAUGGGCUCCAUGUUCCGGAGUGAGGAGGUGGCGCUGGUCCAGCUCUUCCUGCCCACCGCUGCCGCCUACACCUGCGUGAGCCAGCUGGGCGAGCUGGGCCUCAUGGAGUUCAGAGACCUCAACGCCUCGGUGAGCGCCUUCCAGAGACGCUUUGUGGGGGAUGUUCGGCGCUGUGAGGAGCUGGAGAAGACCUUCAGUGAGUUGGCCCCAGGCCGCACCCGGGCAGGCUGCCUGCAGGAGGUGCCAGCCAAGCUUGGUCCGAGAGGCAGAGUCUGGGCCACCCAGGGGCGGGCAGGGCAGGGGCUGCAGUCCAGCCCUGAAGGGCCAGCACCGGGCAGCUGAGUCUGUGGGGUAGUCUUGGGGGCCAGGAGGUGGGACAGCAGAGGACCCAGACUAGCUUGAUAGAGGCUUCGAAUACCUGGUCGCCCCGGGAUGUCAUCCCACAGACGGGGAGCCGCGAGCAGGGAGCAGCACCCACAGAGCUUUGUCCACUGCUGGCGGGCCGAGCAUGGGUGGCAGAGGCCAGGAUCCAGGGGCCACCUCCUUCUUAAAUCCGGGCAUGAGGGGCCCUCCCCCAGGAGCCCGCGCCCUCCCCCGUCGGGCUUAAUGUCAUUAGCUGGCUUGGUUGGUCUCUUCGAAGUAAUGAGGGUACUGGGUGGCCUCCAGGGACGCUCCGUCCGGUGCCCCCGGUUGCCUGCCAGGGGACCGAGGGGGCCCCAGGCUCUGGGCCG